AUGGUCGUCGGCCCGGACAAUCGGAAGCGCAGGGCUCACACCAAAAGCCGGCAAGGCUGUGGGAAUUGUAAGCAGCGUAGCAUUAAGUGUGACGAGACGAAGCCUGGCUGUCAACGAUGUCAGUCUUACGGACUGACCUGCAAAUAUGGAGACAAGACGUUGGAGAUGCAGUUCCAGGGUGCGCAGAGCUUCCAGAUCCAUGUCCCGCCCCGGGUGGAGCAGUCUCGAGUUCCAACUCCAGACACUAAACUUGACGUCGAGGAACUGGCUAAUAAGAUGAUGAAUGCCCCUCUACACCUCCACGUGGAUCGGUGCGCAAAGUCGCCUGAGUUUAUGCGUCUCGACAAAUCACACGUGGGCCUGCUGCGUAAGUUUCACGAUGAAUCGGUCCUUACCAUAGGAACCAAGGAGUUGGUGGUUGUGUACCAAAGAGUGAUGACUUUGGCUGCGACACAGUUUGCGUAUGCCAUGCACGCAGUAUUGAAUUUCACGUUGCUGCACGCCAGAUAUGAACAAGAACCCUUUCAGGCCGAACAAUCUCGCGCGGAAGCAUAUCACGGCUACCACGCGGUGGCACUAUUCGGCGAUGCACUGAUCAGAGAGUGUCACAGUGAAGAAGAGAAAGACGCACUCUGGGCCACUGCGGCUAUUCUGGGCGCGAUCUCAUUCGGCAGCAGUGAAGCAACUUCAGCACAACAAUCAUGGCCACUUCGAAGUCCCGAGGCUGGGGAUUUGGACUGGCUCAAAAUGAGCGAGGGAAAGAAACAAGUUUGGAAAAUGGUCAACCCUUUGCGAGAAAGCAGUGCGUUCCAUCCUGUACUGGAGCUUGAGAAGAAGAAAGACCAGGUAACAUAUCAUCGUGCGAUGGAGCCUGGCCUCGACCUACUUUUUCCUUACGUAACAAAGCUGUAUGGCCUCGACGGCGUGAUAGUUGAUGACACAGUCAAGGACCCAUAUCGAGAAGUGGCUUCCAUCAUCACGCGCUUGCUGCCGAUUGAUCCCACCCAUUCGACAAUCAUGUGGUUCUUGGCUUUCAUUGGUCACAUGGAGCCAGAGUUUCGACAAUUGCUCGAGGCAAAGGACCCUGCAGCACUACUCUUGCUCGCAUGGUGGUAUGCAAAGCUCAUGCCAUACGAUGUGUGGUGGCUUGGCCGAAGAUGUCUGUUCGAGUGUCAGGCAAUAUGUCUGUAUCUUGAUCAAACACUCCCUGCAGAUCACGAGAUUCGAAAGCUGCUAGACUUCCCAAAGAGCUGCUGUAUACGGAAACAACAGCUUGGAAUUCAAGCAUAG